UGGUCUAAGCAUAGAUAAAAAUACAUAUGGGUAUGAAUCUGAUAAGACUUCGUUUAUAUUUAUGUGUAAAAUAAAUAUAUUCUUAAACAAUAUCUGAUCAAUACGCCAAAAACAUAUUUUACGAAUCCACAACAUGACAUCACGUACCUUGACUGACGUCUUUAUUCUUAUGAGAAACAAUGCAAUGCAAAGCAAGAACAUUUAUUCUGAACAGCAUAUAUCAGAUAACCAAAGUUUGAUAAGACGUAAAUCAAGAGACCCAGAACUCGGUUUAGAGCUUCGUGUAACAAGGCCACCACCAGAAUGGCUUGAUAAAUUAGAAGAGGCUCAAUACAGUAUAACCAAAAUUCGAUCAAAACUGGAUGAAUUGCGCAACCUACAUGGAAUAGUUUUGCUUAGACCUGGUUUUGAAGAUGACUGUCCAGAAGAAAGCAACAUAGAGCUUUUGGCAAUAGAAAUCACUAGAUUAAUAAAUGGUGUUCAUAAAUAUGCUCAAUAUAUUGGGGGGUGCAAGAAUGAAGGUGUUAAUAAGGAAAAAGAUCUUACAUCAAAUGUUGUACUCUCCUUAUGUACUAUUUUACAAGAUAUAAGUAUGGAGUUUCAUGCUGAACAAAAUAAAUAUUUAAAUCAUCUUCAGUCAAGAAAUAAAAGGCAUGAAAGUUUUUUUGAAACACCCGAUUUCAGUAAAAGUGACAACACUUCGGAUAUGAAAGAUUUAUAUUUUGAUGAGAAUCCUUCUGAACUGUGUAAUGAUAAAAUCGAUGAAGCUUUCGGCAUUCCAAUAAAUAGUAGAUUAUCACAACAGCAGCUGAUGUUGUUUGAAGAAGAAAAUACUAAAAUGGCAGAACAGAGAGAAAAAGAAGUAAUAAACAUAGUGCAAUCUAUCUCAGAUUUAAAUGUAAUUUUCAAAGAUUUAGCGCAUAUGAUAAGGCAUCAAGGAACAGUAUUAGAUAGAAUAGAUUACAAUAUAGAACAAACACAAAUACAAGUAUCAGAAGGCUAUAAACAAUUGAUCAAAGCUGAAACAUAUCAUAGAAGACAUACGAAGAUUUAUUGUAUUAUGAUACUAGCUAGUAUAACAAUUACAAUGUUAAUAUUAUUGAUAAUAUUCAAAUAUUAA